CCUUUGGCAGACGGAUCACUGCGAUAUAUAUAUAUAUAUAUCGCCAUGCAGACACAGCGAAACUUUCCAUAAUUAAACAGACCUUUACGACAAAUACAUUCCAAGAAAAACGGUCGACUCAAAGCUGCUCAAUAAUAACAAACUGAGUGGCUACGUUCUGACAAGAGAAGCAGAAGUAGUAUGAUGGAGUUUUAUCGAAAGACCACGCUGGUUUUCAUCUGUUUGGCCAUCGUCAUGACUGCCUGUCCUACUGGGGUACGAGCUGGCUGUUGCUGUCCAACAUUCUGGACUGCUUUCGGACAGCAUUGUUACAGAUUCUUCGCCUCCAACACUACAUGGCAGGAUGCAGAGAACCACUGUCAGACUUACAGCGUGCCCUCUCUCGGCAGUGGAGGAGCAGUCAUAGAUAGUUUGGGUCAUCUGGUUUCCAUCCAUUCUGAAGCAGAACACAACUUCGUCGUAACUCUUUUCGCAACUUCUCGAAAAAAGGAGUCUGGUAGCAUUGCUAUGUUGCUUGGAAUGCAUGAUACAUCAGCUGAAGAUCACUUCCAGUGGUCAGAUGGAACGCCAUUUGACUUUACCAUGUGGUCACCAGGUCAACCGGACAACUGGCGCUCACGAGAGGACUGUGGAGAGAUACCACUAUACCACAAAUGGAAUGAUGCAGACUGUCGAAAUUAUUAUCAUUAUUUCGUCUGUAAACUACCAGCAUCAUAGGCGUAGCCAGGGAGCCUAAGAAGGGGGCACCCCCCCCCCCUGGUUAUCCGCUCAAAAAAGCUGGAAUCUCAGCUUAAACGUAAAAUGUCAUAAUUCAAAAUAGAGAAACGUA